AUGACGAGUAAUAAGCAGGAGUUUUCGUAAGUUAUUAUGAAUAAUAUAGAAUGAAAGGUAUAAACUUAAACUAAACUUACUUUUAUAUUUAGGUAUCUUCCCAAAAUUCUUAAUGGUGGCUUUGCGGGUAUUGUUGGAGUGACAUGUGUCUUUCCCAUGGAUUUAGUCAAGACCAGGCUGCAGAACCAACGGUCGAUUAAAGGCCAACCACUACAAUAUAAUGGAUUGUAAGUUUUUCUUUGUUUUUUUGAAUAUUUUAAGUUUAGAUUUGAUUGUGCUAAGAAAACAUGGCGAAGUGGAGGUUUGAGAGCGAUUUAUUCUGGAUCUGGGGUGAAUAUAUUGUUGAUCACACCAGAGAAAGCGAUCAAGUUAGUGGCUAACGACUUCUUUAGGUAUCAACUGGCUGUGCCUGGAGAAAAGUAAGUGAAAGGGAGUGAAAUAACGACUUAAAGUCAGGAUCAUGCUACAGUGAGCUUAGCUUAACAUUUUUUAAAUGAAAGUCAUAACUUUUCAAGCUUUUGAUUAAAGUUUGACUAAAAUGUUGUAGUAGAGAUAAAUCGCGUUAAUCAAACUAAAAUUAGUAAAGUUGAUAAUAAUGUUUAUGAGUUUAGGAUGCUGCCACCGUUCCGAGGUAUGAUCGCUGGUGGAUUAGCUGGGUUGUGUCAAAUUAUCGUUACCACACCUAUGGAAUUACUUAAAAUUCAGCUUCAACGUAGGUUUUUUUAUAUUUUUGUUGAAUUUUAAGCUUAUAACAUUGUAUAUCUCAUUUCUUAGGCUCAGAAACUAUUCUAAACUUACUGAUAAAACUUAAAGUAAACUUAAAUCCGAUUUCAGAAGCCCACGGCACGAAGUUGAGUGCAACACAGCUGGCUCUGUCCUUGUUCAAAGAGAAAGGUAUAGCCGGUCUGUAUCGAGGAAUCGGCCCAACAAUGGCUAGAGAUGUGACAUUUUCAAUGAUAUACUUCCCUCUAUUUGCUCAAUUGGAUUCUCUAGCACCACGAAAGAACGAUGGGAGUGGAGGAGCAGUGUUCUAUGGGUCUUUCCUAGCUGGUAUUGUAGCCGGAGCUGUGGGGUCGCUAUCUGUAACGCCUUUGGAUGGUAAGUUGUGUUAAGUAUGAUAUGGGGGUAGACUGAAGCUAGAGAUAUUGUUAUUUAUUCAAACGUCGGUUAUUGUUGUUAAUUGAACCGGUUUUCAAAUGAAUUUUCAGAGAUUUUAUCACUGAUAUAGGACGAAUUUAAAUUUUUGUUUUAACUUUAUGUUUUUGAUAAUCUCAGGUAGGGUAGGGCAAGCUUAGAAAUAGGAAGUACCUAAAAAUAAUGGGUAGUGUAGUAAAAUGUCAAUUUUUAGUUAUCAAGACGAGAAUUCAGUUGAUUAACAGUGCCAAAGGUUCGACAACUUAUAAUGGAAUCGCUGAUGCUUUUGUGUAAGUUUUUUUUUAUUUUAAAAAACAAAAAUUACAGUAAGAUCCUAAAAGAAGAAGGUCCGAAAGCCUUGUUCAAAGGCGCCGCCCUUCGUAUGAUGGUGAUGGCACCACUGUUUGGCAUCGCCCAAACCGUCUACUAUAUCGGAGUGGCUGAAUACUUCCUAGGCAUCAAGAAGACGCAACACGUAUGA